CACUCUAAUAGCUGUGGCCAUAACGAUGACCUCUGUGGCAGCGACGACAUCCUCUGAACCUCCGGGGCUGCACGCAGCAGCCAGCCGAGAUGUACGCUCUGGGAGCCCGCGGCUGAGGCUCCAGAAGCUGCUCGCCGUGCCCGGAUGCGACCCGAGCCGAGUUAACGACCUGCUGCUCCUCCGGCCUGACACAGACGGUCAGACUACUGCGGAACCCAAGGAGGAGAGCAGAAACGCGCAUGUUGUGUUUUUCCACGGGGAUAUUCAGAACUUUGAGGAGGAGAUGGCCCUGCAGCCCGAAGGAGCCCAGUGGCUCUCCUGGAGUCUGGAGCAGGUGGCCCUCACCCUGGGCCGACGCUUCCCUCACCAACAUGUUUGGGUGGUCCGAGCCUCCCGCAUGUAUCUCCACAAGUUCAGCUGCUACCAAAACUUUGUGGAGAGCAACAUGUUCGGGGCCCCGGAGCACUCGCCCUACUCACCUGACACUGGAGUGUUCCACCAACUCAGGGCCCUGCUGAGCCACGGCAUGGAGCGAGCCAACUUACCAAACCCCCUUCAGCCACAAGGAGGCGCCAACAGCAUCCCCCCAGGGUUUUCCCUGACCCUGGUGGGCUUCAGCAAAGGCUGCGUGGUGCUGAACCAGAUGGUGCACGAGCUGGCCGGCGCCCGCGCAGACCUGCAGAUGGCGCACUUUGUCAGUCGCGUCUCGGACAUAUACUGGCUGGACGGCGGGCACCCCGGGGGCAGCGAGACCUGGGUGACCAGCAAGCAGGCGUUAAAGGAACUGGCUUCCUGCGGAGUGUCGAUCCACGCCCACGUGACCCCGUACGAGGUGCGCGACCCGAUGCGGGCCUGGGUGGGCCGUGAGCACGGACACUUCAUUAAGACCCUGGAGGAGUUUGGGGCCCGCCCAAGAAAGAAGCUGCACUUUGAGGACGAGCCCCCCUCCAUCGAAAACCACUUCAGGGUCAUUCAGGAGUUUUGAGUUUGGUUUCGGUUGGUCCCGAGCACUUAACAUUGAGUGUCUCGUUCACUGGUCUUACCUCAUGUGUUUUUUUUUAUGAUUUAAGGGCUCAGACUUUAGAACAUGCUGAUGAUGUAACAGAUGCUGGUGUGUUGCACGUCCUACUGCUAAAUGCACUUGUCCUGAGUUUGAUGACCCAGGAGCCUUUCCCCUGCCCCCCUCCCCCCCUGUGGCCACAGUAGGAACAGGCAGGUAGGGGGCUUUAUUCUUCAGGCUUAAUGGAACCUUUUCCAUUUGAUUCUGGCUCAAGGUUGCUUCAGAGCUGUUGAUUUAGAAACAUGAAUGAUGUAUGUUGUUUCAGUUGGAUUUAGCGUACGAGGGAAUUUCUCUAAUUUGCGUUGUACAUGAUUAAGUGUUACAUUGUGACUUGUUUUAAUUUCUGCAUUAGUUUUAACUGAACUUAUAGGUACAAUCUUGAAGAUCUCUGUUUUGAUGCUGAUCGCAGGUGUUUUUGGAUCUCACUUUCACUUGUUUCAUUGUCAGUAGACAUCGCUCUUUUUUCUUUCUUUGUUCGGCCAUAGUAACCGUUUACUCACAACGCCAGCAGAGACCGGAAAAACAAAACAAAACAGCAUGCCGCUUUACACAAAAGUGAGUUGAAGGGUGAGUCCAGAGCCAUAGAGAUAUAAUGUCUUUCUCUAUCACUCUGGGUGAGUCUGUUGCGUUAAGCUCCGCCUACCAUCUCUGGACCAACCACUGCUGGCUGAUGGGAAACGCGUCUCUGAAUGUGCGCUGCUUGUGAUUUUACCCGGGAAUGUCGCCACAGUUUAUAAUACUGCAAACGCAAGGCCAUAGGCUCAAUCACCAUUGUGUUACCUCAUUCAGCAAUAGAUAGUAACAGGCUUUUAUUUCAGUGGAAAUCUUCUGAGAUUAUUACUUUAAUUUAUGUUCGGCUGAAGCAGAACAGCUUUUUUCAUCGUGUUUACAUGUGCACUUGUGUUGAGCUACUUUAAGACAUCUGAAUGUCUGAUGCUGAAUUCUUGAUUGUUUUCAAAUGUUUGGCUAAUUUACUUGGUUAACAUAAAAAAAGGUCCUUUACUUUGAUCCCAACACAAUCUCACCUCAAGGUUAAUUUAGUAGCUGUUGGUCACAUCAGGUUCUUUUUCAGUAAAUGGAGUAGAUUAGCUUUGAAUUUCUUCUGCUGAUGAAGAUCAUGUGGACCCUGAGGAGAGAUUUUGUCAUGUGCUGUUAACAAUAUAACGUUGCUUUGACAUACCGGCCCAUUUCAUGAUAACAUCAUUUUUAAAAUAUUAACUGAGCAUGUUAACUUUGGAGUAGUCCCUUUGGUUGGCUCUUUUCCUCACAUUUUAGUUUUGACACUAUAUCAAAUUACCUUAGAAAACAAUUGCUAUAACUAGAAAAACUGUAAUAAUGUUAUGAAACAAGGCACAUUUAAACUCGUGUUUUUUUUCCCCUCAUGGUGGCAGAAAUACUUUAUAUACUGAACUUUAUUGCAAUAUGUGAAAAAGACACAUGCCUGCUAGUUUUGUGCGAAUGUAUCAGCAUGUGUUAAUUUCUAUAUGAUGAACUCAAGUCUGUAUGAUCUCUAUGUAAGCAUCUUUGCACUAUGCUGAUGGCUGCAACUCACUUUGCUGAAUGUAACUUAAAAUCAUUCCAUUAAGUUAUCUUCUUGUAUGCUAUGCUGAUUAAAGAUGACUUGCCUAAUUUAAAA